AUGGACGCGGCGCCGCCGUGCGCGUUCGUCGAGGCGACGUCGGCGCUCGCGGGAUUAGUGCCGGGAGAAAGGAUCGAGGCGCCGACGGAGAGCGCGACGUGGUUGUGGCGACGGCGAAGCGCGGCGAGACGAACGCGAGAGUUGGUGGCGUACGCGCGCGAUGGCGUCGAGCAAGGUUGGGGGUUGGAGGGGACGCGCGAGACGACGACGCCCGAGGACGCGUUUCGAGACGGCUCGCUCGAUGAUGGGGAUGACGGUGCCGUCCGGCGACGCUCGACGGGAUUGGUGGUGUUCGCGCUCGAUGCGUCGAAUGCGACCGGUGUGACCGAAGAGGGGCACGAGCCGGCGAGAGGGGCGACGUUUGGAUGCGUCGGGACGCUGUGUCAAUGGAUUCAUCGGACGCCCUGCUUCGUGGAGUUCCGCGCGUUAAACAUCGUUUGGUGCGAGUUUCCCGAUGAUUUCGACACGACAAAGGCGCGAGAGAACGCUUUCAACAGCAUGCACGACAUGUCGUUGUUCCCACCCGUCGCGCUCGACGACGUCUUCGCGCCGAGCGGCAUCAACGUUUAUACUCUGGGGGUGCACAAGCGCGAUAAUCGAGUGCACGAUAGCAGAAAAUUGAUGGGAAAAAUUUUAGAUUACCUGAGCGAAAGCAAACGCGAGUUCACGGACGCAGUCGCGUGGAAGGAAGAGGCAUUGCGUCAAGUCGUCGAGGAGUCGCUUCCCGUCGGCGCCAGACAUCCCUCGGAAUUUUCAUUUUGGUGUCUUCAUGCCAUACCUUCGAUCGCUUUGGACACUCAGUUUCGCUGGCUCGUCCUCUCGAUUGAUGACGCGUACUCUCGUCUGUCUUUGAUUUUAAGCAGGUUGCAGCUCGAAGCCGUCAUGCCGCCAAAUCACGUUCCGGUGACGCAUCGAUGCGGCUUCGUAUUGACGACGACUCGAAUGAUGCGGCAAUUUUCAAACAUCGACGGAUUCCGCACCGAUUCUGUUGAGUUGCGAGACACUGUUCCGACUGCGGUCAGGAGUAAAAUCUUUUUCAAUCCCGGAGGUUGGUACGAUAGAUACGCGGUCUUUGCGCGCAACGCCGUCGAUUUGAGCACUGUCGAAAAUGAAAGCUUGCGCGAGCUUUGGUCGACGAGUCCGUACGAGCUCCUCGAUCGAACCACCGAUGUCGUCCUGGAUACCGAUGAGCCACAUCCUGAGUUUUCUUGGUUCGAAGGAUACGCAUGGCUACCGAUCUUGUGCCCGCGCUGUGGGGCACAUUGCGGCUUUGAAUUUUUUCCAGACGCCGGUCGCGAUUCUUCGUAUUGGUCGGGAGAAGACUGGCCCCCAAACGGCGCCCCGCCUCCAGGAGAAGCCUUUUUCGCACUCACCGGCAUUGAUGCAGUGUGGGGCGGCCGUCACGAUGACGAAGGAUCGCGUUGUUUGGCCACGUUCUUGCUCGGCGGCGACACGGCGGUGGACCGACCGCCGUUCCGACGCGAGGCCCUCGCCGCUUGGGCGCGCAUGUACCACACCCCACACACUCGCUCCCACGUCGAGCGAGCGCGGCGAUAG